UGGUUCAACAAUACAAUAGCUGUUUCAUUCUGCUCCUAUCCAUUGGGGAACUCGAAAUAUACUUCAAAUGCCUGUAGCCUAAAGAAUUAGCUGCCAUAGAUUUUCAUACUACAAGAACAAGAAGAACACAGCAAAGCGUUUAAUCACCAGUUUUGUAGUUUGUCAACAAAUACCAAGGUGGGCUACAAUGACAACAUCAGGAUUAGCUGCUAGUCCAAUAAAAUACUGUCUUCAUUUACCUGUACAAUGUCCAAGAUUGCCUGCGAAGAGAGUUUCAGCUUCUAACUUAGGGAGAUCAAGUCCCUGGACUGGUUCCACACAGAAAUAUGCCCUAAGAAGAAUACCCUUAGUCAAGUGUGCAAUGGAAGCUUCUUUUGGUGAUUCUGCAGAUAAUUCUGCUGCAGCUAUCUUUCCGAGAAUCAAUGUUGGGGACCCAUACAAACGACUUGGUAUUAGCAGGGAAGCUUCGGAGGAUGAAAUCCAAGCUGCUAGGAACUUCUUAAUACAAAGAUAUGCUGGUCAUAAACCAAGUGUGGAUGCAAUUGAAGCAGCUCAUGAUAAAAUAAUAAUGCAGCAAUUCUAUGAUAGGAAAAACCCAAAAAUUGACUUUAAGAAGAAAGUCAGGGACAUAAAACAAUCUCGUGUUAUGCAGGCUGUCACUAGCAGGUUCAGAACACCAGCUACAAAUUUCAUUGUGAAAACUUCUAUCGCUUUCAUAGUCCUUGGAGCUCUCACAGUUCUCUUUCCUACUGAAGAAGGUCCAACGCUUCAAGUUGCCAUUUCCCUGAUCACCGCCAUAUAUUUCAUUCAUGAUCGGUUAAAGAGCAAACUUCGAGCUUUUCUAUAUGGAGCUGGUGCUUUUAUUUUCUCUUGGAUUUUCGGGACAUUCUUGAUGGUGUCUGUGAUUCCUCCGAUACUUAAAGGGCCAACGAGUUUGGAGGUGACAACUUCAUUGAUUACGUAUGUACUUUUGUGGGUUUCUUCUACUUACCUCAUAUAGGACCGUGGCAUCAACUCAAUUUUGGUAGGGAAGUACAUUAGUUUCUCAAUACUAAAAAGAGGAAGAUUAUUGAAAUUCAGGCCAAGUGCCAUGAUUGUCUGUUACAGCUUUUAUUGCGAAGUUCUUGUGAUGUUUUUGACACGAGGAAGUGCAGAUUUAUGAAAUGAAACCUUCUUCUCUACAUAGAAA